UGCAGGGCUGCGGUGUGUGACAGACGCUGCUGCCUCAGCAGUGCGAUACAACCCUGUUUCAGCCUGUACUUGGGAAAAGGAGGCAGAGAGAGUCCGUGUUGAAACGCGACUAGGAUUACCUCCGAAAUAAGUCGGAGGGAGGACCCCUAAAACUGCAAACUGGAGCAAUGUGCUAAAGACUGAGUAGAUUGCGCAAUGGACGACCGGUACAGAAGAGGAUCACAAAGUGAUCAUUCGCUUAAGUAAAGUUUAACAACGUGGAUUCUGUUUUUUUUUUUUCACGAGGGAUUAUUGGCCACUUUAACGUGUUGUAUAUAGUUAAGCAAAAUAACAUUCGGUGUUGUUUUCCUGCAUUUAUUUUGGAUUGUGGGAAAAUACCGGGGUGCAUCAUCUUUGCUGGCUGAGAGAUGCUGCAUGGCUGGAAAGGAUAUGUGGGCUUAAGUUAUUGGUACGAACCUUUCAUCCCAUGCCCCUUUUCGGGGAGAAGCCACAGGGUAGGGGAAAUUGACUGGCACGGAAGAAACGGUGCGGGAACCACACGUGAGUGGGCGGCAGGUGCGCCUGGUAUUCACGCCACCAAGUGGCUCAGGCGUGUUGGUGAGAGGAGCUACGGUCAUGUGGGCUCGGAGAGUGAGCGCUGCGAUAAGGGUUUAGAGACGGGUGAGAGGCGGACCUCAGACCACCAGUGAUGGGGCUCCUGGUUGGGGGAGGUCACCUGAUAAUCCUAUUACUAUUUUCCUGGAUUCUCCUCUGCCUGUGUCGCACUGAGCGGCCAUGCCCACGAAAUUGUCGAUGUGAUGGAAAGAUAGCAUACUGCGAGUCUAAUGCCUUUCGUGAUGUGCCCCAGAACUUGUCCACAGGCUGCCAAGGUUUGUCUCUUCGCUACAACAGCCUUCAAAGACUAAAGGCAGGACAAUUCUCUGGACUUAAUCAGCUUAUAUGGCUGUACCUGGAUCAUAAUUAUAUAACUGUUGUGGAUGGUAAUGCUUUUCAAGGCAUACGCAGGCUAAAGGAACUAAUUUUGAGCUCCAAUAAAAUCUCACAGCUUCACAACCAAACUUUCCACUUUGUUCCUAACCUUCGGAACCUGGAUCUGUCCUAUAACAAACUGCAAGAAUUGCAACCAGAGCAAUUUCGAGGUCUACGUAAACUGCUAAGUCUACACUUACGGUCCAACUCACUCAAGUCAAUGCCAAUGCGUUUGUUUCAAGACUGUCGAAACUUAGAAUUUCUGGACCUAGGCUACAACCGGCUACGCAGCUUGACACGCAAUGCUUUUGUUGGAUUGCUGAAGUUGACUGAGCUUCAUCUUGAACACAAUCAGUUCUCCAAAAUCAACUUUGCACACUUCCCACGCCUCUCAAAUUUACGAGCACUCUAUCUGCAGUGGAAUCGUAUUCGUUCCAUCGUCCAAGGGGUUUCAUGGACAUGGACCUCCUUGCAGAAGCUUGAUCUAUCUGGAAAUGAUAUCCAAAUCAUUGAGGCUAGCAUCUUCCAGUGCUUACCUAACCUUCAGACACUCAAUUUGGACUCUAAUAAGCUUAGCAAUAUCUCACAGGAAGCAGUCAGUGCCUGGAUAUCCUUGACCACCAUAAGUUUGGCUGGCAAUGUCUGGGACUGCAGUUACAACAUUUGCCCACUUGUGACUUGGUUAAAAAAUUUUAAGGGAAAUAAGGAAUCUACCAUGAUUUGUGCUGGGCCUAAACAUGUUCAAGGAGAAAAGGUUAUGGAUGCUGUAAACAAUUAUAGCAUUUGUAAGACUCCUGCUAUAACAGAAACACCACCUCCACUUUCCCAAUCUUCUUCAAAGCCCAAAUCGCUUCCCAGGAUGACUCCACCAAAUCUCGAAGCAGAUGAGCUGCUGAGACCUUCUUCUCGCCCCACAGUUUCUAGUGCUCAUACCACAGCUCCAGAGACAGAAUUUGAACAUGUGUCCUUUCAUAAGAUUAUAGCUGGGAGUGUGGCCCUAUUUCUUUCUGUGGCAAUGAUUUUGCUGGUGAUCUAUGUAUCUUGGAAACGUUAUCCAAGCAGUAUGAAGCAGUUGCAGCAGCACUCACUGGUCCGCAAACGCAGAAAAAAGGCGCGAGAGACUGAACGCACCCUUAACUCCCCUUUGCAGGAGUAUUAUGUGGACUACAAACCCACGAACUCUGAGACCGUGGAUGUAUUGGUCAAUGGGACAGGACCCUGCACCUACACUAUUUCAGGCUCCAGGGAAUGCGAGGAGUGCCUGGCAUUCACAAGGGCAGCUGUUUAUGGAAGUAGCGGACUGAAAAUUCCAUGAGGGACAACACAGUCACUGGCAGCAUUGUAUAAUGGCUUCUAACUCAGGACCAGUGUGUUAUAAAUGGCCAUUCUACGAACUGAAAGGCUGUUGAAGUCUAUAAACUGAAGUUGGCCUUGAUCCAUGUUGAAAUGUCAGUGUGGCAAAAUACUUAAGUGAAAUCUCACUGAUGGAAGAAACAAUAAGGCAUUUUUAUUAUGAGUACAGUUUUUUUUUUAAUUAUUAUUUUGCUGAACUUAUAAAAGCCUUGCAGUGACUGGGCUGUGCUGUGGUUUUAUGGUUUUGUUUUGAAAAUUUAGAUAUUAUAUAAAUUCACAGGUAGUAUCCUGACCAGGAUUGUGUUUUUGUUCUGUUUUCUAAAAAAAUGAAGUAAAAAUCAAUAAAUAACAUUUAAAUUUA